UCUUCUCUUCUUUCUCUCAUCCAAUUCUAAAAGAUCAAUACAAAUUUUGGACAUAAUGAGUAAUUUUGAGAUCUGGGUAUUGACAAUGUGCUUGAUAUUUCAAUCUGGAUGUGGAUUUUAUCUGCCUGGAAGUUACCCUCAUAAAUAUGUUGUAGGGGACCCUUUAUAUGUCAAAGUGAAUUCCUUAACUUCAAUUGACACUGAAAUGCCCUUUAGCUAUUACAGUUUACCCUUCUGCAAACCCCAAGAGGGUGUUAAGGACAGUGCAGAGAAUCUCGGUGAGCUUCUAAUGGGAGAUCGAAUCGAGAACUCGCCGUAUAAGUUUAAAAUGUACACCAACGAGACCGACAUCUUCUUAUGUCAAUCGAACAAGUUAUCGCCCGACUAUUUCAAGCUGUUGACGAAGAGAAUUGAUGAGAUGUAUCAGGUUAACUUGAUUCUGGAUAAUUUGCCUGCAAUAAGGUAUACUAAGAAAGAGGCGUUUACUUUGAGGUGGACAGGGUAUCCUGUUGGGGUUAAGGUUCAGAAUGUGUAUUAUUUGUUUAAUCAUUUGAAGUUUAAUGUGCUUAUACAUAAGUACGAGGAGACGAAUAUGGCUCGUGUGAUGGGGACCGGGGAUGCGGUUGAGGUUAUGCCUACUGACCCCAAGGGUGGAUCAGAUGUGCCUGGUUAUAUGGUUGUCGGGUUCGAGGUGGUUCCGUGCAGUGUCAUCCAUGAUGCUAAUGUGGUUCAGAAGUUGAAAAUGUAUGAAAAAUAUCCAUCUCCGAUCAAAUGUGACUCGACUGCGGUGUCGAUGCCGCUCAAGGAAGGUGAGCCAGUUGUGUUCACCUAUGAGGUUGCUUUUGAGGAGAGUGAUAUCAAGUGGCCAUCUAGGUGGGAUGCAUAUUUGAAGAUGGAGGGAUCCAAAGUCCAUUGGUUUUCGAUCUUGAACUCUCUUAUGGUGAUCACUUUCCUUGCUGGUAUAGUCCUCGUGAUCUUCUUAAGGACGGUGAGGCGGGAUCUGACACGGUACGAGGAGCUAGACAAGGAGUCCCAAGUUCAGAUGAAUGAGGAGUUAUCAGGGUGGAAGCUAGUUGUUGGGGAUGUUUUCCGUUCUCCAUCCAAUCCUGCUCUUUUGUGUAUUAUGGUAGGUGAUGGAAUUCAGAUCCUUGGUAUGGCAAUUGUGACGAUAUUGUUCGCUGCUCUCGGAUUUAUGUCUCCGGCGUCCCGUGGAACUCUUAUUACAGGUAUGCUAUUUUUCUAUCUAAUACUCGGUAUUGCAGCCGGCUAUGUUGCGGUUUGUCUUUGGAGAACGAUCGGCUGCGGUGAUCACAAGGGAUGGAUUUCUGUCGCUUGGAAAGCUGCCUGUUUCUUCCCUGGUAUUGCAUUUUCAAUUCUAACCGUUUUGAACUUCCUGCUGUGGGGAAGCCACAGCACAGGAGCCAUUCCAUUUGCUGUCUUCGUCAUCCUGCUUCUCCUCUGGUUCUGUAUCUCGGUUCCACUGAUCUUAGUCGGUGGUUACUUCGGGGCCAAGGCACAACAUAUCGAAUACCCCGUCCGAACCAACCAGAUCCCUCGGGAAAUCCCGGCACAAAAAUAUCCAUCCUGGCUGUUGGUUCUUGGUGCCGGGACACUUCCCUUUGGUACACUUUUCAUUGAGCUCUUCUUCAUUAUGUCUAGCAUAUGGAUGGGAAGAGUGUACUAUGUCUUCGGGUUCCUAUUUAUCGUUUUGAUUCUACUCGUCGUGGUUUGCGCCGAGGUGUCAUUGGUGUUAACGUACAUGCAUCUGUGCGUGGAGGACUGGAAAUGGUGGUGGAAAUCGUUUUUCGCUUCAGGUUCAGUUGCCAUCUACAUCUUCUUGUACUCCAUAAACUAUCUCAUAUUCGAUCUCAAGAGUUUGAGUGGACCUGUGUCUGCCACUCUGUACAUGGGGUAUUCUCUCUUCAUGGUUCUCGCCGUCAUGCUAGCGACGGGCACUGUCGGAUUCCUUUCGUCUUUCUGGUUCGUGCAUUAUUUGUUUUCGUCGGUAAAACUGGAUUGAUGACAAUGAAAAUUGGC